AUGGGGGCGCCGAGCAGCCGCGCGCUGGCGCUGGGCGCGGCGUUCCUGCUGCUCCUCGUCGCGCUGCCCUCCGCCUUCCUCUACCUCACCUCCUCCGCGGCGCCCGCGGCCACCCGCGCCACCCUCCUCAACCUCAAGCCCUUCUCCGCCAGGUGCGCGCCCGCCGCCGCCGCCGCCGCGCCGCUCCGCGUCUUCAUGUACGACCUGCCCGCGCGCUUCCACGUCGCCAUGAUGGGGGCCGACGCCGCCGCCGCAGGCGCGGGGUUCCCCGCGUGGCCACCCUCCGCGGGCGGGAUCAGGCGCCAGCACAGCGUGGAGUACUGGAUGAUGGCGUCGCUCCUGGACGAGGCCGCGGGACCGGAGGAGGGGGGAAGGGAGGCCGUCAGGGUGCGGGAUCCUGACGCCGCCGACGCCUUCUUCGUGCCCUUCUUCUCCUCGCUCAGCUUCAACGUGCACGGCCGCAACAUGACCGACCCCGACACCGAGGCCGACCGCCUCCUGCAGAUGUCCUCGUUGAAAUUGUGGACAUUCUACGGAAGUCUAAACAUUGGCAACGGUCUGGGGCGUGACCAUGUCAUUCCUAUGCAUCACCCUAAUGCUUUCAGAUUCCCAAGAGCAAUGGUGAAUGCAUCUAUUCUAAUAGUUUCAGACUUUGGGAGAUACACAAAGGAGCUGGCUUCCCUGAGGAAAGAUGUUGUGGCACCAUAUGUGCAUGUUGUGGAUUCCUUCCUUGAUGACGAUCCACCUGAUCCAUUUGAGGCUCGUCAUACACUGCUUUUCUUUUUCGGCCGUACUGUCAGGAAAGAUGAAGGGAAGAUCCGGGCAAAACUUGGGAAGAUAUUAAAAGGCAAGGAAGGCAGUCGCAUUGAGCUCCCUUUUGAAGAUGAGAUUGAUUACAGUGAGUUCUCCCUUUUCUUCUCAGUUGAAGAAGCUCUAAGACCUGAUUACUUGCUGAACCAGCUCAGACAGAUCCCCAAAAAGAAGUGGGUUGAUAUGUGGUUGAAGCUUAAAAAUAUCUCUCAUCAUUAUGAAUUCCAGUAUCCCCCCAGGAAGGGUGAUGCGGUGAACAUGAUAUGGAGGCAGGUGAGGCACAAAAUCCCUGCAGUUAACCUUGCUAUUCACAGGAAUAGACGACUAAAAAUUCCAGACUGGUGGGGAUAA